AUGGAUCUUGCCAAACCUGUGACUUCGCCUAUGUCUGCCUCAGUUAAAUUAACACUUGCAGAUGGUCCUGAUUUUGAGGACCCAACCCUUUAUCGCAGCACGGUGGGAAGCCUUCAAUACUUAUCACUCACACGUCCGGAUGUUGCCUAUGCAGUCAACAAAGUGUGCCAGUUUAUGCACACUCCUAAAACUCCUCAUUGGCAAGCUGUAAAGAGGAUCCUUCGAUAUCUUAAGCACACAGCACAUCUGGGCCUUCACAUUAAACCAUCCUCAGAUUACUCGUUGCAUGCCUUCACUGAUGCCGACUGGGCAGGCUGCCCAGAUGAUCGGCGCUCAACGGGUGGCUUCUGUAUUUUUCUAGGUCCCAACCUGGUUUCAUGGGGAUCCAAGAAGCAGAGUACUAUUGCAUGUUCAACUACAGAAGCCGAAUACAAGGCGUUGGCUAACACGACAGCAGAACUUCUCUAG